CUGACUCUCUCUUCUCGCUCUUGUUUUACGUCGUGAGAUGAAGUCUCGGAUUGAUCCUCUGGCAGGUUCGUGAGACUCGGUUGAUGGACUGCUGCAUCGCGCGCUGCCGGGGCGACUAUUAACUUGGCCUGCACUUUUCUUUUCCAUCCGCUCGUUUCACUUCGCGCCUGACGGGGCAGCUCGACCGCUUGACCGGUCUCUUCACUCGUUCACCACUGCCCUGCAGUCUUUCUCUACGCGCUUACUCUAUUCUCGUUGCUUUUUUCCUCCUCUUCAACUCGCCUCCCUUUGCCUCUUCACCCAUCCUUAUCAACUGUCGCCCGCCCGUUCGCCCCUGAAAUCAGUCCUCGACUGCGUCUUUCCAUUCUACACUCACCGACCAAUGUCCAGCGGGAACUGGGAUCUAUCAUCUCGUGGCCAUGGUCACAGGAAAUGGAGACUUUCGAUAUCCGCCCCUUGCAGGCGCGCAUGAUAUCCCCAGCCGACGCAGGAUCCCGAACCCUCCCCGCCUAGAUCCGUUGAGACUUAAUCCUCCCUUUCCACGCCCCUCGACCGCCGACGGCGUUCGCCCUCCUCCCUCUCAGCGCCCCCCCGUGCCUUCCCCGCGACUGCACCCUGCACAGGUGGCUGCUGCUGAUCCAUCAUGGCGCUCCCCUUCGCCUCAACCCAGAGAUGAUGACUAUUUCGUCCCCCGCAAGCCCGCCCUCCGUACGCCAACAUUCCCGGUAUCACCAGGUCGUCGUCAGGGAUAUCCUUCCAGAGAGGCUGAAUUCGAUCGCCCACCGCCCCGGAAGCUUCCGCCAGGCGCACCAGGAUUGCGCAUCUCCAUGUCUACCUCCAAAUUGCACAAUCGACGCCAACGGCCCCCUCGGUCACGAGAACGGUACCCAGAUGAUGCGUAUGGAUUGGCAUUGCCUCGCGUCGUGCCUCCGGGGAGCUAUGCAGACGCACAUGGAGAAGAUGCACUGCGAUCUAGUAUCAACUCCGCCAUGACAUCGCGAUCCAGCAUCGAGCAAGCCAGCGGAACUGAGCGCAGUAGUGUUCUCACCAAGAGUAGUUCGAUAACCGACCUGUCUCCUGACACGCCCGAUGGGCCUUGUGAAAAAGAUGGGGGCAUGAGUGUGGAAGAUGCCAUUUCCAUGUACCUCGACGGUUUUAGCGAUGUGACGGAGGAACCUGGGACGCCAGAUAUAUAUGACGACGAGAAAGUCAGACCGUGGAGCCCAUGUCCGCCCACGGAAUAUACGCUCGAUGAUGGUCAUACUUCCGAUGAGCAUUCGCCCGAUAUGGACCCUACUGAGGAUCUUCCGCCUGUACCACCGCUCCCUGAGCUGAGUGCCCCUGUACGAGGGCCACUAAGCGAUCGCCAUGAGGAAGAGGAAGUUCCACCUGAAGAGCCACCCGUUGAGACACCAUUGAAGUCACCCGGGUCCGAGCGUCAAGAAAGAAAGGUCGUGCUGCCCGGAGUGGUGCCUCCGCCCCUCCUGUUGGGAACGGACUCGCGCGAUCGCUACGGGUUUCGAAAGGCUACCCAUCAUGUGACGCUUGCCCAGUGGGAGGCGUGGAACAGCUCAUACUCCGACUUUGCCGCGACCCAGCGAAUCAAGUGGGUGGAACUGCUCCGCCAAAAUCGGCUGCCGAUCACAGAUCCGAUCUCCUUCCCGCCAAAAUCAAACAAAGUCAAAAAGUUUGUACGCAAGGGAAUUCCUUCGGAGUAUCGAGGAGCCGCCUGGUUUUUCUACGCUGGUGGGUAUGAGCAUCUGAACCGGAAUCCCGGGCUCUACGACCAGCUUGUCCGGCAGGCCAUGGAUUCCCCAAGCAACGACGACAAGGAACACAUUGAACGCGACUUACAUCGGACGUUUCCGGAUAACAUCCACUUUAAGCCUGAAUCGGUCGAACAAUACGGAGGCUCCAGCGCUGGCGCUGGAAGCAGCAACCCGAAACACGAGUCCGUGACGGUUGAGACAGAGAUGAUCCAGUCGCUCCGGCGCGUGCUGUAUGCAUUCGCGGUGCACAACCCCCAGAUCGGAUAUACGCAGUCGCUAAACUUCAUCACGGGGUUGCUGCUGCUGUUCAUGCCGGAAGAGAAGGCGUUUUGGAUGCUGCACAUUAUCAGCUCGGUGUAUCUCCCAAGCACGCACGAGAUCAGCUUGGAGGGCGCUAACAUCGACUUGUGGAUUCUCAUGGUGCUGCUCAAGGAGACGUCGCCACAUGUGUACAACAAAAUCGGUGGCGGGCUCGGUGGCGGCUCGCGGGCGCCCGCGCUGACGGUGACGUCGCGGCUGCCGGACAUUACGCUCGGGCUGACGAACUGGCUGAUGUCGGUAUUCAUCGGGACGUUGCCCCUGGAGACCACACUACGGGUGUGGGAUGUGUUCUUCUACGAAGGGUCCAAGACGUUCUUCCGCGUGUCACUAGCCAUCUUCAAGUCGUGCGAGCGAGAGAUCAUGGCAGUGUCGGAUCCAAUGGAGGUGUUCCAGGUGGUACAGACAGUGCCGAAGAAGCUGCUGGACGCCAAUACUCUGAUGGACGACUGUUUCGUACGACGACAUCGGGUUGGACAAGGCCGCAUUGACGAGCUGCGCGCCGCGCGACGGGCAGCAGUUCGACACGAGAACAUGCGGCGGUCGCGGGCGUGGAACAAAGGGCAGAUCCAGGCAGCGACAGACGAGUGGCCAGGACGAUCGCGAACACCUAUCCCAGGCAUCGAGCGCAAGAUCGGGGAUUCGUGGCGACACAUGCGGAACCAUGCAUUUCGGUAGGAGCUGAGGAGUGAUGGUUGGCUUUUAUUGAUACCCCCAAGCAGCUUUAUUGUAUUUGAACCGGUCAGUCCACCGUUUACCUGGUCCGGACUAUCUAUUUGUACUCUGCGACCUCUUAAUCUUAAUAGACUCGCGGGUUUCAGGGCGCAGGCCGGAUGGACUGACGACACGCCUGACGAUGUUACAUGUACAUACUGCAUAUUAGCUUAGAUAUAUGAGUGGCAUUG